AUGGCUCUCCUUCUUGGGGCCGCCUAUGGGGCAUCGGUAGUGGCCCGUAUGACUCUGGGCGCGAUUGAGGAGUACAUGCGCACGUGGAGCUCAUGUCACAAGUGGCAGCAACAGUUCCCGCACCGGAAACGUCGUGCAGAAUAUGAAUGUGGUGAGGGCGAUGGGAUUGACCAGAUGAUGGAACCUAUUCGAGAGGCUGAGCCUGGAUUACGUGGAGAGGGAUCCCGAAACAGUGUGGAUUGGAAGGGGAUCGAGAUCGAUGUGGAAUGGGGCAGUGCUUUGGUCCUAGCGCGCAAACGGUAG